AUGAUGCUGCGCCAGUCGCGCCGCCUGCUCCUUAUGGAGGGUGAACGAAAGUUCACGUUCCCAAGCACACCUGCGACACACGCAGCCGGUGGUGUUCCAUUUUACGGCAACAUCUAUGCUGGCCGCGUUGACUCGCAGAAUUACGUGCCGCCCGUACAAGAGGGAUCGGGCCUUAUCAAGCCCAAGGAGAAUCUCUGGGAUAAUCCGCAGGUGCGUGCUAAGUUGGAGAGCUGCCCAUACUUUGCGCUUUGUGACCAGGUGAUGUGGCACAACAUGGACCCUGCUUACCUCGACCCCGGUCUUCUCACUGCGGAGGAGCAUCAGCUGCUGCUCCUAUUUAGUCGUGCGUACUUUGAGAAAUGGAAGAUGAUACAUGAGAGGCCGCCUAAUGCACUUCCGCGUGUGCGCAUAAAGUAUGGCGCCACCCGUAUCCUAGAUCAAAUGCUGGAUAUGCUGGAUGUUCCCGCCAAGGUGCGGCAAUCCCUGGUGAAGGAGUUCCAAUUGGAUGAUGCAUCAUUGAUCGCAAUGGACCCCGACUGCUGGACGACAGCCUAUCUGGACCCAUUUAAUAGGGAUCACUUCUCUGGCCGCGUGCUGGAGUUCGCCGACAUGGACGAGCCACUGCGCAACAAGUUCUUUCUCCUCCUGCAGCAGAUGCGGCGUAUGGUGGUUGUACGACGAGACACAGAGGAAGAGGAGCGCAUGGUUGUGCCGUUUAGUCUGGGGGUCACUUUGUUUGACCUCAGCAAGUAUCUGGGCCUCUCACCAUACAAUGGGCAGCUCAAGGUCUAUGAUUAUGUGGAUAUGCAGCAGACAAAGCAUGCAAUCACCCUCAAAGACGAAGACACCUAUUUUGAUUUCCUCGUCACGCUCUUCUUCAAGGCAGACCUCCACAAUGCAACGCUAAGUGAUGUGGCGGACAACACAGAUAACACGGCGCGUUACACGAUCACUGUGGAGCCGUUCACUGUCGCUGAGAAGCGUAUUGGACGCUGGUUUUGA